UGCGUAGUUAUGUCCUCAGCUCCCCACUUUGUCACAUCCCCAAAAUGGUAGGAUUAUUGAGUUGGCAACACUACAAGAAUAUUGUUGUUUGGCGACGAAAAUUAGGGACGAAACAAAUUUUUGUCGCAAGAAAAGCAAUGAAAUUAUUUAUUGUCGCAAAACAAGCGACGAAACGAAAUUCGUCGCUUGAAAAGCGACAAAAGAAACUUUCGUCGCCCACCGCAACGAGGAGCGACGCUGAGUGCAAGGGGGUGACGAAAUUUCAAUUUCGUCGCCCCAUUUUGAGCAGCCAACGAAAAGAAGGGUGCGUUUUGGCACUGGGCGACGAAAUCGUUUUCGUUGCCCCCUUCCAAAACCCCAAACCUUUCUUUCUCCCCCAUUUCUCUUUUCUUCUCCUUUCUUUCCUCUCGGGUUUUCUUCUCUAUUUCCAGUCCCCAUCGCCGCUGAUGACUUAUUGCCGCUGUUUCUUCCAUUAUUUCGCCGAUUUCGUUUUGUCUUCACUCCGGCGUUCAAACGAAAAGUUACCCCGUUCUCUUUGGGUCGAGUUUAAAUCGAGGGAUAAUGUCUUCAGAUAGCGAAUAUGAAAGAGCAGCUGUAGAGCAUCG